CGCGGGAGGACUGCCAACCACCUCCAUCGAUCCCUCUGGCAAACCGUGCCACUCUCUAUUGCUCGUCGCGAGCUUUGGCUUGCUCAAGCCGCCCACGCUGAAUCGUUUGCCAGUAUUAUGGCGAGGAGAUGUUCGUUAUGCCGUCUUACUCUCUCGCUAUUCUUCGCUCUCUCGUGGCCGUGGUCUUCAUGCGGGCAAACUAUCUCUACGAAUCUCCCUGUACCGCCGCUGCAAUGGAUUAAUUUAACGCCACAUCUAUCGGGAUCAGCCCCGCCGCCUCUUAUGUACGCGUCCAUUGGCUACGAUGAGACAAGCCGUAGUCUUCUCAUAUUUGGAGGGGAGUCACAAGGAGGGUAUCCUCAGCAACAAACAUACCUCUUGAACUUGGAUACUCUUACCUGGUCGCAGCCUACUGGUCCUGAUGGACUCACUUCAGUCCCGUCCGCGAGGAGCGGAGCUAUAGGUGGACUCGAUUCGGGUGCCAGCUAUCGGCGCGGACACAUUCUUAUUGGAGGGAAGGAUGCGAACGGCAAUGGUCUCUCCGAUGUGUGGGAAUUCGACUAUGAUUAUAAGUUCUGGGCACAGGUAACUGUCUCCGGAGACGGGCCUUCCGCUAGAGGAGGUGCUUCUGGGGGGAUAGACUUCCAAGUCAAACCCGUCUCCUCUCCAACGCUCCCAGCACCGAAUACCACGUUUUAUCUUUCCGGAGGAUCAAGCGGAAGUAAUCUGUACCCGCUAUCGGAAGUAUGGGAGCUGAACAUCACCGGAACACUAUCACCGAAUGACCAGUCCGUAGUAGGGACUUGGCAGCGAGUGUCGGUGCACGAUUCACUCACGCCUAAAAUCUACCAAGGCGGGGCUGUAGUCGGCGACCAGAUCGUAUCAAUUGGAGGUUGCAAUUCCACGUCCGCGGACGACUCCUGCGCGCAACAGGACUCUUAUGUUAUCACCGCAGCUUCAGGCAAUGUUAUCGCGCCUAAUGCUUGUCCAGCGCCUCGCGUAGGCCCAGCGGUUGUCGCGAAUACAAAUGGGGACUCUUCCUCCUUCAAUUCCCAAGUCUUUGUAUUGCUUGGUAUUUUCAACGAUACGCUUUGGAACGAUGACGGAGGACUUCAGAAGGGCGAAGUUGAUGUUUUGGAUAUCAAUGGGGGCACUUGGGCCCGAAUAUUGCCCUCUGGCGACCCUGACGUCAACCCGAACUUCCCUUCACCUCGCGAAGGCGCAGCGGCACUCUCAUAUAAUGCUGCUCUCGUUGGUCCGAAUCGUGCAGCCGCCUCGGAUACUAUCGUGUUCGGCGGUCGCGGCGUCUCGGGCAAUUACACCAACGAAGUGUGGCUUCUGCGUGCAUACAACGGCUCUAUCACGCAGUCGAACCAACACUGGUCUGGAUAUGGGGACGGUGAUCUGCAGAGCGGCGCUGGCGCGGAUGGAACGGGAGUCACGAUCCAGUACAUGACGCGAUGCGCUGUAGCACUGCAGUCUUCAGUGUCCAGUUACCCGACACCCUCGUCAGGUCCCGCUUCGCCAAGUUCUACAUCCACAACGGCUACAAGGUUGGAUACGUCUACGCUCCACAAGCUUUUGCCACCCCUUUCCUUGGGACUGCUGACCAUUGGCGUCCUGGCCUAUCGCCUUUCUUCGCCUGCGUUAGGGUCUCAAGCAAAUGACCAGCACGUCGCAUUAUUCUAUGGCGGCACUCUGCUAACUGUGCUCUCAUGGGGUAUUGGCAUCGGCGGUCUCGUUGUGGCCUUCACGUCCCAGAAGGCCCUGGCUGUAGGCCUCAUGAAAAGGUCCACUCAUGGACCUGUACUGACGACCGCUCAUGGACGCGCGGGUAUUGCCCUAUUCCUUUGUCUGUAUGGACUUGUACCCUUGUUGAUGGCGGUGUACGCCGGGUGGCGAUAUUCCCAUCGACAUUCACCUCAAGGUGAAUCUGAUUCUCCGGAAGUUCCAACCGGAGGUAGAGCCCGCUCACACUCCCGGGAUACCGCCGAGAAGCUCAAUAGCCCUGGAGCUGAGACGCCGCCUCUCAGUGGCCGCUCGACACCAGGGGUUGGUCAUCACAAGAGGCUCCACUCUUGGGGUGGCCAAGGCUUAUUCCCUGCGCUUAGAGGGCGAUCUGGGAGGCGUUCCAGCGAAAGCCAUGCGGAUACAGUGACUUCAUCUGGACCUCAACGUUCCUUCGAGGUGGUGAACCGUCCCAAUCGCCCUCGCCAUUCCAGUGGCAAUAGCCUCUCGCCGUUCUCAAACGAUCCGAAUUAUCAAAGGGUCCCGAUUGCUCCCCGUAGCUUAUCAGACCUUAGCUGGCUGGAGCGACGGAGGAGCCUCAAUGCGGUUGGAGAGCUGGACUACGCUCUAAGCCAGUUAGGUGGUGGCGCUGCAUCGACCCCGGUCACGGCCGAUAUUCGGAGUACAAAUGGACUCAUGAACGCCUCAGGUGCUGUAGACCAGUUCCAGGUCCAGAGCAUGCCGCCCGCAUUUGAGAUCCUCAUACGACUCCUUUUCCACCUUUCUUUGCUUGGACUCCUUAUCUUGACAUUGGUCGCGUUGUGGUAUUAUGCACCUAUUGCCGGGUUUGCGAUAUUCGUUGCAUGGACUGCAAUAUUCUACGGCUUGCUGCUUAUUCUAUCAUGGAGAGGAAGACCACGGGGUUCCGUUCUCACUGUUGUUCUAGCUCGUCUUCGCGGAGAGCAGACCGUGCCCUCUACACCCUCUCGUCCAGCCUCGAGUUUCGCUUUGGAUCAGUAUCCGUUCCCUACUGCGGAUCCUCGCGGCCCAUAUAUCCAUCAACCUCAAGUAUGGUCUGCGACGGAGGACUACGCAAGCAUGUCCCACGCAGGCCCUCGUAGUACGGAGGAAGGGUACGAUGACGAUGACGAAGAUGAAGAUACCCGACAGCGGAGAAUUGAAGACGAGAUGGCCAGGAGGGAAGUAUCCAUCGUCACUGUUCCUAAACGGAGGCUAUGGAUCACAAAUCCCUCAUGACACCCCACCAUCGACUGCUGUCUUUCUCUACAUUCACAUGCAUUUUAUAGGCGAGGUCUCAUUACUACAUUGCCAUCAACACACAGCAUUACCUCUCAUUUAUUUAGCAUAGAUCUAUGCGGACACUUCUUGCCGCUGUACUUCUUGUGUGUAUUACAGUAAUAUUAGAGGAUGCUGUAAUGGUAUUGUAUGGUACAUGCGUGGAGACAUAGUCCCAGAGCGACGACUCAGUCCCAGGAACCUGUGGAUGAAUGCAAUAGUCCCGAAGCUUGCCAAAAAAUAUGAAACACUACUCUGGCCCUUCUACCGCAACAUCAUGCCUCCACUUAUCGACUCGAUUAAGUUUUGCUGCAUCAUGCAGAGGUGCUGGAGGGGGUGGUGAAGUUACGGGCAUGGGAGGCAUCAUCAUUUGUGGCAUCGAUGGAGCGAAGAAACCGGAUCCCAUGCCCAUGCCCAUCAUAGGAGGUGUGAAGAACAUGGAACCCGUCAUCUGCGCCUGCAUCAUCAUCUGCUGCUGCUGUGCCAUCAUAUUGUACUGGGUUCUCCGUUGGCGCUCGGGAUGGAGAGCCAAGGGUCUUUCAUCGUCAUCAUCGUUACCCUUGUUAGACAUGGAGGACAGUCCUAACGGAGGUAACGAAGGAGGUAAAACGGACGCGCGAAGACCCAGAGGCUUGUCAUCGUCGUCAUCGCCACCAUUCGAAUUGGCUGCUGUGGAAGGCCUUGGCGACAGCCCGCCAGGAGUGGAGAUGCCUUUCGUCAGCAAUUUCGACAGAGGCCGAUCUUCCUCUGAGUCGCUCUCAGGAGGGCGCGCAGUUAGUCUCUGGGAGGGGAGGCGUAACGUUGCAGCAAGAGGAACAUCCUCGUCGUCACUAUCAUCAGCCUUACUCUCGAAAAUCUCCGGACGACUGUUCUUCCGAGGACGGAAUCGCGGUCCAGUGCCGGUGGUUCUGAUAGGGCCUGCUUCUUCAUCUGACGCCCAUCCUGUAUUAUCACCACGAACGGACUGCGCCACCGGCGCUUGGCCAACCUCACUCCCGCUAUCGGAGUCGCUAUCACCAUCAUCACCGUCGUCGUCCACUGGCGGAGGCGCACGCCGAGUCGUCGCGGAUGGGAUAUCAGGCAGCCGAGGGGGAGAGGCGGACGUUCGUAUGACAGGACUUGCAGGUUCAGCUGGUGACGGGGAAGGCGAAAGACCCUGUGGCGCAUCAACAGCUUUUCCUUUGCCCUUCCUCUUCUUGGAAUGUUUAGCGUCCUCGGCCUCCUCGCGCUUCCUCCGCUCUUCAGCUUCGGCCCGUUCCCGCUCUUCGAUUUCUUUCAAUUUCGCCAUCUCCCGCUCCCAGAGAGUAUCCACGCCGAAUACAGACCGACUCUUGGGCAUUCGUACGUCCAGAGCGGGCCCUGGCGACAACUUCUUGUCGUCGUCGAAGCUGAGCAAAGGUUGGCCACCGGCGGAGUUCCUGCGUUGAAGAGCAGGCUCGGAAUUGAAGGAGUUCAUAUGCUGAGAAGUCGGUCUUCCAAGGGAAGCAGGGUCUAUCAGCGUACUAGAUCGGUGCAUGGAACCGCGCGCCAUCAUGGACGGCCUCUCAUCACCAGUAAACACCCGCUGUCUGCUGCGCAUUUCUGCCUUUCGUGCCUCCAGAUUGUCUAUGAGACUUGUCCCAAAGAGCUUGCCGGGAGGCCUUCUAGGCUGGUUAGACUCAGGCUCGGGCUCAGUAACAACCGGCAAAGGGAUCUCAGGUUCCUCCAGCACCGGGGUGGGGAGUGCAACCUGCUGUCCAUCCUCGGUAGCACGAGGGAGCUGCGAUUCGAUAUCUGCAUAAGCAACAUCUCUCUGGCCAUCUACCAUGAGCGAGUUUCGGAAGGUCAACUGCGAUAAGGUCAAGCUCGUGCGAGGAUUCGGAGUAAAUGAGUUGGAGGCGAUGGGGGCGGAUGGCUGGAUGGGCGAUAAGACACCCGAGACCCGUCGAGAGGCCCGAGCACCGGGCGGCAGCGGACGCCCAUCAGUACUGAGCUCGAAACCGUC